AUGGUGAGCAUUAUCCGAGAGAUCAACACAUUCAUCCAAACAUUACCAAAACUCGCUGAGUAAAACCUUGGCAAGCAUAGAGACAACACAGACAUGACGAAUGCUAAGAUUGCGGACAUAAUGAUCCAAGUAAUAAAAGUAACAAUUCAUCUCCAUAACUAAAAUAUCAUACACAGAGACUUAAAUCCAGAAAACAUAUUGGUUUUUGAAAAUGGCUAGAAGUUUCAAAUCUGCGAUUUUGGCAAGUCAUAGUUGCAGUCAGAUUCUAAUUCAUUAGAUGGAAAAUCGUAUUUUAAAGCUCCAGAGAUAGGACUUAGUGAUGAAUUUAGUUAGAGCAGCAAAGUUGACAUCUGGUCACUGGGAAUGAUACUCUACUACCUGUGUACUAAGAAAUAUAAAUACUAAGAUAAGAUAAUAUCUGACAUAAAGCAUCUAGAUUAGACUAUAAUUAUCAAACUUGAAGGAGACCAGAAGCUAUUCGAGGAUCUUCUAAACGAAAUGCUUCAAUUCAAUCCUGCAAAGAGAAUAGAUGCCCAAAGAAGCAAAGCAAAGCCAUCAAUCUUCAUGCCACUUGUUUAAUAUGAAGAUGGUGAUAUGUAUCAAGGGGAAUAUGAUAGUUUAACCAAUCAAAGGGAUGGAAGAGGUAGAUAUAUUCACAGCAAUGGAGCAGUUUAUGAUGGAUUGUGGAAGAAUAAUUAAUUAGAUGGAUUUGGAAGAUAAAUAUAUGAUUCUGGAGAUUACUACUUAGGUGAGUGGAAAGAUGGUAAGGCAAAUGGAUAUGGAGAAUAUUAUUGGAAAGAUGGAAAGAUUUAUAAAGGGCAAUGGGUAAAUAAUAAGAAAGAAGGAUUAAGAUUGUUAAGAUUAAGUGAUGGUGAUUAAUAUUAUGGAUAAUAGGUGAAUGGUAAAGGUGUAGGAGUAUACACAUACAAUAGUGGAGAUAUAUUACUUGGAUAAUAUAUGAAUGAUUAUGCUCAUGGUAUUUAAAUGUCUAUUCCAAAGGAUGGAGGAUAAAUAUAAAUAGGGAAAUAUUAGAAUGGUGAGUUGAUAGAGACGCUGCUUAAAAUAGAUAAUAAUGCUUCAAAGUGUAUUAUAUUUUGA